UCCUGCCUCUCGUUAAAGAAUCUCAGAUAGUGAACAAAUGUGGUAGUUGUUUUUGUGUUUCGGGGCACUGUUCGCAAUGAAAACUCAAGAAAGCUGUGAAGACAGCAAGGUACGACGUUAAAAAAGGAAACUCGGCAAAUUAAAACAAAAAUUAUAGACCGUAUAGAUAACCACGGUCUAUAAUUUGGUAGAUAACCGGUGACACCGUUGGGAGUAGCUGUCAACGAGCUUGCUGGGUAGCUAGCAACCUAGCCAACUAGCUAGUUCGCUAGUAACAAUAUUUAGCUUGUCAGCCAAGCGGGCGUAUGAAUAUAUUUCCUUAUCUUGUGGCGGAACGUAUUCUGUCGAAAAAAGUUAAAGCGUAACGUUUUCUCAACCGAAUACCAACGUGACCUAAUACGUUCAUGAUGGAGGAGGUUGACAGAAUUUUAAUUCAUUCGCUCAGGCAGACUGGAACGGAAGUGGGAGAGGAUGUGGACAGCGUGAAGCAGUUCUCCAGUGAGCUGAUCGUGGAGGCAGUUGUGCGAUGCUUGCGUGUGAUCGAUCCCUUGCUGGGCAAUGGCCUGUCCCCCACACUGCCCCCAGGCAUGUCUGCCCGCUUCCGGCUUGGCAUGAGUCUGGCUCAGGCCUGCCAGGACCUGGGCUACAAAGGGGAGAUUGGCUACCAGACCUUUCUGUACAGUAGUGAGCCAGAGAUCCGGUCCCUCCUCAUGUUCCUGGUAGAGAAACUGCCCAGAGCCAGUGCGGAGGCUUCAGACCAGCCUGCAGGUAAAUCUGCCCUCCUACAGAAGGCUGUCUCAGCCCAAAUCAAAGCCCAGCUCGCCUUGCCUUGGAUCCCCCCCCGAUUGGCAUUUCUCAGCCAAACACAGAGUGCAGGUCUGUUGCACAGUUUCCACUCACAGCCUCUGAGUUUACCACACAGUCCUAUAGCCCUUGGAAAAAAGCCAGUGAAAGAGAUGACAGAUUAUUACAGGGACUUCUUGCUGCCUGUGACUGUCCAGCCUUCCCAGCAUGCUUCAGUGCCUGCCUCCCUAUUGGAGCACCAUGCCCUAGAAGUCAGUGCCACCCAAGAGUGGGAGAACGAGUGGAACAGCCAGGGUCUCCUUACUCGACUUAGCCCUGAGGGGUAUCGCUCUAGGAAACGGGCACGGCUUCAGAAGAGAAUCGAAGAGCAGCUCCGAGCCGCCACACAAUUCAAUACCACCUCUCAGCAUGCCUCAAGAUUGGGCCCCGAUCUGAUGGAACUGAUGCACUCUUUUGGAGGCAGUACUAUCGGGGGAGACAUCCUGGCCAAGGGCACGCGCUUUACUCACACAGAGAAAUUCACCUUCACGCAGGAGCCCGAGGCCUCCAGCCAACAGAUGGUAACAGCGAAUGUGCUGCCCAGCUCUCGGCAGUCAGAGGAGGAUGUGCAGGCCCAGCAGCAGGAGGAGUUGCACUCUCUGCAACAACAGCUGCAGCAGCUGUCCGUCCGUAUGGAGGAAGUGGGCGGGGAAAUCAAGCAGCUCUCCGUGUCAAUCACUCAGGUUUCAGAUGAGCUGAAACAGAGAGAGCACGGUAAUGCAGACAAGGAGGACACUGUCAGAGUGAAGAAGCAUGCCAUUGAUCUCCUGCCUGAUGCUGAGAGCAACUUGGUCAAGCUUCAGACUCUGGUGGAGAGCAGUUCAAAACGGGUGGUCAGCCUGGCCUCUCAGUGGGAGAAGCACAGAGCCCCCCUCAUAGAGGAACGUCGUAGACUGAAAGAGCUGUGCAGCAAUCGAGAGCUGGAGUCAUCUCGCAAGCUCUCUGAAAUCAAAGGCCUUCACCACAAAAUCCGGCAGUCUGCAGAGGAGGCCAAGAAGAAGGAGGGACUCUAUAAACAGCUGAUAACAGAAUUUGAGAACCUGCCCAAAGAUGUGUCCCGCUCUGCCUACACCAUGAGGAUUCUAGAAAUUGUGGGCAACAUCAAGAAACAGAAGGAGGAGAUCACAAAGAUUUUGUCAGACACAAAGGAGCUUCAGAAAGAGAUUAACAGCCUGACAGGGAAACUGGACCGGACAUUUGCAGUGACAGAUGAGCUGGUCUUCAAGGACGCAAAGAAAGAUGAAUCCGUGCGCAAGUCCUACAAGUACCUGGCUGCCCUGCAUGAGAACUGCACUCAGCUGAUCCAAACCAUCGAGGACACUGGGACCAUUCUCAGAGAGAUCCGAGACCUGGAGGAGCAGAUUGAGACAGAGAAUGGAAAGAAGACAGUCAGUAACCUGGAGAAGAUCCUCGAGGACUACAAGGCCAUUCGGCAGGAGAACUCUACUCUGGCAGCCACAAUCAGAGAGGCUUGAAAUUCAGAUGGCAGUGCCCCACCUAGGUGCCUCUUGGUAUAGCUGUGGGCAGAACAUACCCAAGACCACCCCGUGUGGCAACAAGAAGCACAUCAUCGAUGGGCAGACUGGCCUUUUACCCCCACCUUUGAAUUUCACCAUCACGUCCUUGCACUCAAACAAGGGAUAAACAUCUCCUUGUCCUGCAGUGAUUUGGAGAUCUUUUUAAUGCAUAAAUGUAGGGUACCUUUAAUUCUGGGUGUCUGUAUGGCAUUUUAAGGUAAUCAAGGAAAUCAAAGAAGAUUGCUCAUCAUGCGAAAGAACAAAGGACAGUACUAACAUCACAAAUGCAUUGUUGAGAACAUGAAAGGAAAAGGAGACGUGAGAAUUGAAGUCAAAUUUAUCACGUUUUCUCUUGAAAAAGAAAAAAAAAAUUACAAUUGAAAAAUGGAGAAUUCACUCUCUCUUAUUAAUCUUAAUUUGAUAUGUAAGGCAAUAUCUCAUCACCUAUAGGUUUCCAUGAUAAAGGGUUGGUUUUCUUAAAAUUAUCAGUAGAGACGACACCUGUAAGAUCAAUGACAGUGAGCCAUGGUGUGUUGUCUCUAUUGUAAGUCAUGUGAUUCUGUCCUUGGUCCAGCGCUCAUGCUAUUCUCUGUAAUGUACAGGUUCAGGACAGCAAAGGCAUGCAGUCAUCUGCAACUGUUUAUCACUAUAGCCUGCAUUUCAUUUUAUUUGAAAUUUGGAUCUUAAAAAUUUGAGGUUCACUAAAUGCUAUGUUGAUGAUAUUAUUUGUUGUUAAUCAUCCAUUCAUUGACAAGUGCUUUGAAAAUCCAGUAGGAAGCCCCUGAGUGCCGGUAAACAUGGGUUAGAGAGAGAGUCUUGUAACUUUAGUGUUCCAUUUUCCUUAGACUGUUCCACAUGUUGUCAUGUUCUCUCCCCCAGUGCCCAGAGUUCUACAGGCUUUCAAUCUGAAGUUAAAUCUUUUUUUCCAGGGUAUUUACUUUUUCAGUGGUGAUUACAUGGAAUUAGUGAUCUGAAACACAUUAAUUGCAUUCUUCCUACAGGUUUUGUGUCCAAAAAUCAAAAGGUUUUAUGGCUCACAGCAGUUACAUUAUAUCUAUUCUACUGAGUGUGUGUUCUCAGUAGCGGGGUCUACUGUGACUGGUCACUUUUGUUCUAAGACUGAGACUUCAUGAACCUCACAAUGAGUGAACCUAUCAUAUGCUGUCAACACUGUUAUGUAUUGACCAUUAAAACUAUUCCCUCCAUCGGUGAGUCAGUGAUGUCACAUGGUUGCUCUGCGCAUGUUGGGAGUUGGUGAAGCCUUAUUCUUUCACGCGCUGCUGAGCGUAGCCGAGAGAUUCUGCAUUGUUCUGCCAAACAUGGCUGCAGGCUGUUUUAAUCCCUCUCCCCUGCUUUUUUGAUGUCAUUAUGCUGCUUGAUUUUGAUUGUUUCAUUGUGAGCCUUAUUGAACUGAAUUACAUUAGUUAACCAAAUUAGUCCUGCUUCACACAUGCAGCUCCUCACUGCUCUGAGGGGUGCGGGAACAACGCGGCCUGAGUCUCUAUAUAGUCACACACUAUAAAGACGGGCUCAAUGUGUGUGAACCUGUCCUUAAAUGCUUGGUGCUGAUUAGUUGUGGGCAUCUUAAGUGAGGCCUCCUGAAACAUUGAGUA